GUCAGCUCGGCUGGCUCCUCACAUACUCUCACACACACAACCUGUGAGGAGUUUGUCUUCUUCACUGUGUAGGACGCACCCCACUGCACUCUCCAGUCAAGUCCUGGGCUGUGCAGCUGGCCAGGAGAGAUUGAGAGAGUGAGAGAGGAAGAGAGAGAGAGGGCUGGCAGGGGACUGAGAUAGUGAGAGAAAGAGAAAGAAAGACAGACUAAAAGUGCAGGCUGCAAGGUGAGAGAGACCAGAUCCGACACCAUGUCUGACACGAGCAUGAAGAUCAAGCUGCCGGUGGCCUGUUUCCUGGUGCAGAUCAUCCUCAUCAUCCUCUUCGGCGUGCUGGUGGAGUACGACGUCAACACGGACGCCAAGCAGUGGCACGAAGAGAUCGCCAACGGAUCCAGCAACUACCAAAACGAGUUCUACUACCGCUACCCCAGUUUCCAAGAUGUGCAUGUGAUGAUCUUUGUCGGCUUCGGUUUCCUGAUGACCUUCCUGAAGCGCUACGGCUUCAGCAGUGUGGGCUUCAACUUCCUGAUCGCGGCUCUGGCGCUGCAGUGGGCCACUCUCAUGCAGGGCUUCUUCCACGGCAUGCACCACGGCAAGAUCCACCUCAACGUGGAGAGCAUGAUCAACGCUGACUUCUGCACUGGCUCGGUGCUCAUCUCCUUCGGAGCGGUGCUGGGGAAGACUAGCCCUGUUCAGCUGCUCGUCAUGGCCCUCAUCGAAGUCACUCUCUUCGCCGUCAACGAGUUCAUCCUCCUUGGGCCACUGGGGGCCAGGGAUGCUGGAGGCUCCAUGACUAUCCACACGUUUGGUGCCUACUUCGGCCUGGUGGUGGCCCGCGUUCUCUACCGGCCAAACCUGGACAAGAGCAAGCACAAAAACGGCUCCGUCUACCACUCUGAUAUCUUUGCCAUGAUUGGUACCAUCUACCUGUGGAUGUUCUGGCCCAGCUUCAACUCUGCCAUCACGGCCCACGGAGACGACCAGCACCGCACCGUCAUGAACACCUACUACUCCCUGGCUGCCUGCACGCUGGCCACCUACGGCAUGUCGGCCAUGGUCUGCCACGAGGGCAAACUGGACAUGGUGCACAUCCAGAAUGCUGCUCUGGCUGGAGGCGUUGCCGUGGGGACGGCUGGGGAGAUGAUGCUGACUCCCUAUGGCUCCAUGAUCGUGGGCUUCCUGGCAGGAGUCAUCUCGGUGCUCGGAUACGCCUUCAUUACACCCGCUCUGGAGUCGAAGCUGAAGGUCCAAGACACGUGUGGAGUCCACAACCUGCAUGGGAUGCCCGGUGUGCUGGGAGCCAUAGUGGGGGCCAUCACCGCCUCCACAGCCACCAGGGAGAUCUACGGCGGCGGCCUGGAGGAUGUGUUCCCCAGUGUUGCCGAUGGCACGUGGGACGCCUCUACACAAGGAGUGCGCCAGGCCAUCUCUCUGGCCGUCACACUGGGCAUUGCCCUGCUUGGAGGCCUCAUCACUGGGUUCAUUCUGAAGCUGCCUAUCUAUGGCGCUCCUCCUGACACUGCCUGCUAUGAGGACUCUCUCUACUGGGAGGUGCCAGAGGAAGAGGCCUGCAAUGGAGAGCUGGCCACCGUCAGAACUGAAGAGGGAGAGAAGCUCAACGCCUAGACUCAACUCAGAGCACUUAGAGAACAGUCCUGCUAACACACACACACGCACACACACAUGCACACAAACACACACACACACACACACACACACACACACACACACACACACACACACACACACACACACACACACACACACACACACACACACACACACACACACACACACACACACACACACACACACACACACACACAGUUUUAGAAUAAGUGGGAGAAUGACAGAGUCUGUGACAGAAUAGCACCAAGUAUAGAAAUAGCCUACUGUAUGGCACAUUUGCGUGUGCCAAAGAUGUCAGGAUUGGGAGGGUGCCAUAGCCUUCAUUUCACUGCUAUCAGCACAGCAAGGCACAGAGUUAGGCACCGAUGCAGAAUUAUGUUGCGCUCAAGUAUGUCUGGACCCACGGUCUAUUUGGAGUUGUGUCUUCUGUAUCUGUAGUCCUUUAUUAUGAUAUGCAACCAGACCCCCUUCUGAAAUAAUGUGAAAAUGUGGAUUAUGUGCUACUAAAUUUUAGAUGCAUCGUAUGGUGUAUUUUUUGCCAUUCCUAAAGACAUGGAGGAUGUAGUGAUUCAUGUGGCCAGUUUAUCAUUUUAUUUCCUGUUACAAUACCACAGAUUUUCUGUGUGCACAAGCCUUGUUAUGCCACACUUCUUAUGUCCACCAGGUGUCGCCUUUGGCCGCUUUAUUAUUAUUAUUUUUUACUAAGAGCCGUACAACGGUCAUAGGAACAAUCCGAGCAUCAGGGAUUUGUGAGAUGUAAUUGAAUACAAACACUAGCCUAUAUAAUGUGAGGUCAAAGGGAAUUGUGAAAUGUAUUAAAACUCCAUAAUGGUAUUUAACGGAUUAAAUGUUCGACCAACCAAUGAAUGAUGACUAUGUUCUUGAAGGUAGGUAGGCUAGGUCAUGGGAGGGUUAGGUCACAAGAAGAGACAGGGAAAUUAUAAAAAUGUUUAUUAUCUAUUUUUUUCUAGCUGUAUUAUAUUACCUUCAUUAUAAGUGUUUAAUUUUGGGUCAAUUCUAAUUUUAUUUUAAUUGGUUAUUUGGCCUACCAGAAUAAAUCAGCUCCUUUUCUAGGCCUGCCACAAAGACUGUGGGAAUCACUGUCACUUACAAUUUCAGAAUCUUGGUCGUUUGUCUGACUUGGCCCACGUGAAUUUGGCCUAUUUGAAUCAGUUACUCAAUAAAGGAUUUGCGUAUGUUUUGGACAA